UAUAUAUCUGUAUAUCAUUCUCGUCCUCGGUAUCUUGUUACCGUCUCUAUCCUUUUAUCAAAGGUGAAGAGAUAACAUCAUCGACGCAAUUUUCUAUCAGCUUUCAAUAAUACAAUAUGUAAGCAGUAGACAUCGAUUAAUCUGUACAAGUCCACGCCUUAAUCUCGGUUCAGUCAGAUCUACAGGAUCUAGCAUGACUUCAAAAUUCAAGUCUAUGUUCAAGAGACAAGCGUCUCAGUCGGUACACUCACAUGUCGAGAAUACAGAAGAAUCGAGUGCAAUUAUGCAAGAAAUGUACGCGGUAUCGUCCGAAUUUAUGGUCAAACCAAGUAUAUCGAGGGACAAUCAAGAAGCGGAAAGUUCAAUAACAAUUCGUGCGAAAAGUCCUCGAAGACGCUACAGAACUUCAUUAGGAGCCAUUGAAGACUUGUUGCAAUGUCUGCUGUGUAUGGAAAGGUUAAAAUCACCAAGGAUGAUGCCAUGCCAGCAUACAUUCUGUGAGAAUUGCUUAGCAGAACAAAUUAUGGAUCCAGGAAACUUGGACAAAGUCAUGCAGUGUCCGCUGUGUCAUUUAACGGUGGUGGAUUCGACGCCGGAAAAAUUGCCGACAAAUUUAUACAUUGAAAGCUUAUUACGCGUGAUGGAGAAUCCUGGUGACAGUCUCACUCAUUUUGAUUCACGUAGUCCUAUAGUCAGUUUUGCCCCAACGACCAAUCAGUCUCAGACUGAAAAUCGGGCGGAGAAAUUAAUAAGAUGUAAGAAAUGCGGCACAGAGUGCACUCGUGAUAACAAAUGCAACCAUUGCAAGCAGAUAUUUUGCGGUGUAUGCUGGGUGGCGCAUAUGGACGAAUUAAAGGAGCUACUUGGAAGUAUCGCCGAGCAAUUAGAAGCCACAGCCAACAGAUUCGAAUACAGAAUCGAUGAGUUUCGAGCUAAAAUCGACGCCUUGAAGGAGUCUAUCGACAAAGACAUUGAAUUAAGGAUCGCUGAGCUAAAGCACGAGCGCGAGGAGAGAAUCAAGAAGGCAACGGCAACGGCGUCGAAGGGCGAAUUUUCCGCUGAGGAAAUAAAACAGCGAAUAUUUAAGAUACAAGCAGAAGUGAAUGAACAGAAGGACGCGACUUACGCCACGCUAGCUGACAAUCACGAAAAGGUCAAGACCUUUUUACUCUUGCACCACAAAGCAAGUGACGUAAUGGCUGCUAUUGCUGCAUGGAAACCGGAUCUCUCUGACGACGUUGACUACGAUGAGAAUAAGCAGAGACUAGAAGUCACUAAAAGCAAGGAGAAUGUAAAUCUUUACUACAAGAGCAAAGCAUUUACUCCAAAAUUGAUUGUUGGUGGUGAGGUGGUGCAUCGACCGUCGGGACUAGCUUUCGAUCCUUGGAGACAAGUAACCUUCGUCGCGUGUCCGGGGACAAGUCAUAUCGUUGCACUUGAUAAGAAGUUCAAGGUGUUGAGAAGAAUUCAGCAUAAGGAUAUGUUGGCUCCUCAGGGUAUCUUAUUCCUGGAGGACAUGGAAGAACUUUUUGUAACAGAUAAAUGGAAGCACUGUAUCUACGUGUUCAAUAAAAAGGGUGACUUUAUACGGCGUAUUGGUAGCAAAGGCAUUGGCGAUACGCAAUUUCGUUCUCCGGAAGGAAUAGCUGCUCAUCCGAGACAGAAUCUUAUUUAUGUUGCUGAUACUGGCAAUGAUAGAGUUCAAAUUCUUCAACCCGACGGUACUUUCUAUGGAAGCAUUGGACUCAUCGAGAAACAAGUGACGAAUGUUACUUUACAUGGGAAAGUUGUUAAUACUACUGCCAAUCAUUUUAAUCAGCCUACCGAUGUGGCUGUAUCUUUAUCCACCAUUGUUGUGGCUGACUGUGGUAAUCAUAAGAUCAAGGUUUUCAGUCACGAUCUGCAACAUAUCAAUACAAUCGGCGGUCCCGGAUCAAUCAGAGGACUCUUUAGAUCUCCCGAAAUCGUCAAAGUAGAUAUCAAAGGAAAUAUAAUUGUUGGUGACUCCGGAAACGGUCGGAUCCAAAUAUUUUCACCGGAAGGAGACCUCCUGAGAAUUUUAGGAAGCAGAGGUACCAAGACUGGUCAAUUUGGAUGGGUAUCCGGUUUGCUGAUUAAAGACAAUCUAGAAAUCAUAGUAUCAGACAGCAAGAACUAUACCAUACAAGUAUUUUAAAGACAAGAAGAAACAAUUAUUUCUCUAAAUAAUGAUAUAUAGAUAUAAGUAUAUAACUGAUACGUUACAAUAAAUAAUAAGAGACAUAGAAUGUAAUGUAUUAUAGAGUAAAAGUGUAACGCAUCGUAACU